AUGGAUCAAUAUUUCAAUUCAUCGAAGGCAGUCGACGAAGGCAUGUAUGCCGACGAAAGUGGUGGAAACUUUGAUGACUAUGAUGACGAUAUGGGCGUUGGUAGCGGUGAAGCAAUGAUGCGUCUUGAUUCGUCAUCGGUAACUGGGUUCAUGUCUCAUCAUCCUCAUCAUAUGACAUUGAUGGCGACGGAAAAAGUAGUUCAUACUGAUUUUUUCAAUGAUUUUGGUGAUCUGUUUGAUGCCGAUAACUUUGUAUUGAAUACAACAACAACAGCAACAACCGGUCAUGUCACAGCGUGA